CUACAGGGGAUUGGGAGAACUAGGGGGGGGAGAAUUAGGGCACCUGGACCUUACAUGUGCAGGGCAGGCUGUGCUCCUCCGUGACGAGACUUUAAAACUGUGUCAGAGACUACAAAACCAAGUCCUGGUGGAUAUGUUUUGCAGUGCAGUGAGAGCCACCCGAAGCGAGAGGAGCGCAGCGGUGCAGCAGGACUCCUGGCUGCCGGGCUCGGGCUGCUCACUGCGGCCACACUCACAUCACUUCACACCCCCAGCGGGCGGCGACGCGGUUUUUUCCUUCUCAGCUUGUCACCUGAAGCCUGUAGUAUGUGUGUGUGUGUGUGUGUGUGGUCAUUUGCUUAAGCUCCUACAGUAAGAGGGCGUAUCCGCCUUCAGAGAGAGGCUGAGCGGAGGGAGUGGGAGGGCUUUUCUGUGUUUUCGCUUUGGUUUGAAACAGAGGAAGAAAGCAGCGAGUCCACGCCGCCCACUGAACACGGCGAGGCGCGUAACCGCCGCCGCUGCCCCGAUUAAACCCACGGAGGAGCGGAGGAGCGCAGACACCCAAGGCAGACAGGCAGGGGAGGACUGCUGCUCUUAUCCGAAACAGGAACAAAAAGAGAAAAAUGAUGGAUGACCAUGUUGCCACCAAAGCGCUGUGACAUCACUGUGAAGUCGUGGAUGUUGGUGGACGGCGUGCUCUCUUAACUUCACUUAGAGCUGUGCAGCCUUUCUAAGGAGACCCGUUUGACACACCUCGUCCUAAAUAACUGCUGUUGUCUGCCAGUAAAUAUAAUUAGGGACCACCUAUCUUUUAUAAAAUGGAGACUCUUUCCCAAGAUUCCAUUCUGGAGUGCCAGAUCUGCUUUAACUACUACAGCCCUCGCCGGCGGCCCAAACUCCUUGACUGCCGACACACGUGCUGCUCGGUGUGUUUGACCCAGAUGCGCAGCAGCCAGAAGGAGAUUCGCUGCCCCUGGUGCCGUGGCGUCACCAAGCUCCCGCCGGGCCUGUCCGUGUCCCAGCUCCCGGAUGACCCGGACAUCAUCACUGUCAUCGCCAUCCCUCACGCCUCUGAGCACACACCCGUCUUCAUCCGACUCCCCAGCAACGGCUGCUACAUGCUGCCGCUGCCCAUUGCCAAAGAGCGGGCGCUAGGCCUGCCGGGGGAGCUGGGAUGUCGUUUCUUGCCCGGUGGCCAGCAGAAGGGGGUGACCGUGGUGACCGUGCCCGAGCAGCAGCCCCUGGGCUUGGCUAUGGGUCUGGAGGGGGUGGGGCUGGAGGGAGGCGAGGUCGAAAGGAGAGUUACUGGCCCGGUGGGAGGAGGGAAGGGCUCCACGUGGUCCGGCGUGUGCACCGUGAUCCUGGUGGCGUGCGUGCUGCUCUUCCUCCUGGGCAUCGUGCUGCACAACAUGUCUUGCAUCUCCAAACGUUUCACUGUCAUCUCCUGCGGCUGAGGACGGGGGGAGGCACCUCGGAUUGCCUCAAGCACCCCCAUCCCCACCCUCCCCCCCUGGAUUCCUCUCCUCAGGACGGGACUCUGCUGAGGAGAGGGGACUAAACUCUCAUCAUGGGCAUCCAAGGAAACUACAGAGCAAUGUAGGAUGAACAGAUGAAGAAGAAGAAGAGGGCAGAUCCACAAACAGUCCAAUUUUCUUUAUUUGGCAGACUGAAAUUAAAAUGGAAAUACAGAUACAAACCACAAUUUUUGUUUUUGAAAAACCCUGAAAACUCCCGUCCUUUGUCUGUCCUUACAUUUUGUCUAAAAGAAUGCUUUUGGAAUUACUCCAGUCAAGUUUUUGGCCAGCUGAUGUGUUUUUGGCCAGCUGAUGUGUUUUUUGGCUUUGGGCCGAUCUGACACUCACUCACACUUGCGACUGAUGGAUUGCCUGUUUAGUCUGUGGUUUGUGGAAGUGCAUCCGAUAUCAUAGUGUUGUUUAGCUGAGUAUAGGUUCUUAGUGCGGUGUCUCCAGCUGGUGCUGCAGUACAAAGAGUCCGGAUUUGGCUGCUCUCCGUCCUCUGAUAGCUGCAGGCAUUAACUGUGCAGGAUCAACGUCUGGCCCAUCUUGGGAGAUUUAAAAUCAACACAGCUUUUUUCUCCUUUCAUGUUCAGAACGAACUGUUGCUUCAAUGGCCCUGUGUAGUUGGCAAAGGGAUUGUUGUAAAAGAAA